ACAACUCCCGGCGGGCCGCGGGGUGGGGGGGCAGAGAGGGUCCGUGAGGGGCAGCCAUGGCGCAGGGCGCCGCCGCCGCCUCCCGGCCGCCGGGGGACGUGGAGGCCGACGAGUGCCUGCGGGAGUACCGGCACCUCUUCAGCCCCGACAUCCUGGCGGGCCAGGUGGCCUUCGUCACCGGCGGCGGCUCCGGCAUCGGCUUCCGCAUCGCCGAGAUCUUCAUGAGGCACGGCUGCCGCACCGUCAUCGCGAGCAGGAGCCUGCAGCGGGUCUCGGAGGCCUCAAAAAAGCUGGUGGCAGCCACGGGGCAGCAAUGCCUGCCUCUGUCCGUAGAUGUCAGGCAGCCUCAAACCAUCGUGGCCGCAGUGGAGGAGGCGCUGAGAGAGUUCAAGCGCAUCGACAUCCUGGUUAACGGUGCUGCGGGAAACUUCCUGUGCCCAGCCAGCGCCCUCUCCUUCAACGCCUUCAAGACCGUGAUGGAUAUCGACACCCUGGGCACCUUCAACACCUCCAAAGUUCUCUUCGAGAAAUAUUUCCGGGACCACGGUGGGGUCAUCGUUAACAUCACGGCGACUCUGGGCUACCGAGGGCAGGCUCUCCAGGUGCAUUCUGGCACCGCUAAGGCUGCUAUAGACGCCAUGACCCGUCACCUUGCCGUGGAGUGGGGUCCCAACAAUAUCCGAGUGAACAGCCUGGCGCCAGGCCCCAUCACGGGCACCGAGGGCUUCCGGCGCCUGGGUGGGAAAUUUGCCGAGGAAGCAAGCCAGUUCGACGCGAUCCCCCUUCACCGCGCGGGGAACAAGACGGAGAUCGCCCACAGCACGCUGUACCUGGCGAGCCCCCUCUCCUCCUACGUGACAGGCACUACCCUGGUGGUGGACGGCGGGAGCUGGCUGACCUCUGCCAACAACUUCCCCGCCUUGCUGGGUAUUGCUCCAUCCUCUGCUAAACUCUAGAUUUCUGGGCUGCGGGAGCAAACCAAAAUCAGUGACGGACAGCCUGGGACGGACCGACGGACAGAGACCUGACCGAGCGCCACGGCCCUGGGACGUCUCGGGUCCCAGCGGUGCCUGGGGGAGGGAGCACCGAGGGCGCUGCGGGCGUUGCGAGCGCAGUCGCGGGUGCGGGCUCUGAUGGUCGCUGCCCAGCCCGCGGCUCCCCGCAGUUGCUCUCCUGAUGUCCGGCCUCUCCCUGCCCUCUCGGCCCCGGAGCUGCGCCGCGCCACGGCCGGGGAGCAGCUCCGGGGCUGGCUUGGGGAGUGCCGCGCGGUUCCCCGCUGCUGCUGCUGCCGCCGCCUCCGCUCCCCAGCUCGUGCUGCGGGGGGAACGGGCUCGGCCUCGGCGCUCCUGGUGGCGCAGCCGGGAGAGAAGCCCCUUGCCCGCGGGGCCGAGGUGCCAGCGGGUUUCGGCUCGCCCCGAGCCCCCCGAGGGCUGUCCCAGAGCCGGGCUGCGAGCGGUUCGCUCCUUCCCCCGGGCCCCCAAUAAAGAAGUUCCCCGCGGA